ACUGAUAUCGACUCAUUGCCCACCGCGCACUCGCUACAAAACGACGUGUCGCGAAACCGAAUAACCGUUAAACGUUAUCGAUAACUGUACGGCCCAUCACUGUUUUUGGCGCGCGUUCCAUUUUCGAAAUUUGAACUUGACAGUUGCCGAUGUGUGCGUGAGUUUAUGAACAAAAUGAUAAAUGUGUUUCAAAGGACAGAGUAUUUUUUGUAUUUCGCUAUAAAGUAGUUUGUUUUGCAAACGGGUUUGUUGCUGUUUCUAGAAGUUAUAUAGGUCUCGAAUCUCCAAGAUGUACGCUCUCAUAAUAUUCGCUCUGGUGGCGGGCUGCCGGGCCGCGAACGUGAACAAACACAUGAGGCUGCUCACAGAAUUGGACAACAACAUUGAUCCUAAUUUAUUACCCCUCCGGGCGCCUCGAAGAUUCCUCGCCAUCACCAAGGCGCCGGCACCAGCGACGGGGCACCAAGCGGGCACCACCGUGUCUUUGUUAUGUGAGGCGUUCGGGGCACCAGCGCCUACGAUACGCUGGUUUAAGAACAACCAGCCGAUUUAUGAGUACGACCAGGAAUCCAACGAGAUAUUCGACACGAACCCCACCUCGCUGGCCCGGAUUUCAUCCACACUGCUGGUGACUCGGACCGCGGGCCGCGACGAGUACACCUGCGUCGCGGUGGCUGGCGCUAAGACGGAGAGGGUCCAUAGCGUCGUUUAUAGCACAGAUGGCAGCACGGAUUUAAUACCAGAUCGGGCGCGGCUCAUACCACUCGCGCCACAAAUCCUCGUCUCAUACAAAGUGUUUAUGGACCUCAUAGGCAACAACGUCGUGCUUCCUUGCCAUGCGAAGGGGCACCCGCGGCCGCAGGUCACUUGGAUAAACAACCGGGGCAUGACGGUCAAGUCGGAUCCGAGGAUGAAGGUGCUUCGUUCAGGCGAGCUAGUGAUCUCGCCUCUCCUGUGGAGUGACAUGGGCGAGUUCACUUGCCACGUGUCCAACACCUUCGGGAGCCAGCUCAUUACUACUUUCGUUUACCCUGCGAGUGUCAGUAGGGUGAAUAAAGUUAAGCAGUAGACAAUCGAGCAAACGAAGCAUCGUAUACUUAACGUGAAUGUUCCUGAGCGGCUACCGCGAAAACCGAAAUUCGCAAAUUGCGGGGAUCUUUCUCUUUUACUCCAACGAAGGCGUAAUUAGAGUGACAGAGAAAAAUCCCUGCAAUUUGCGAACUUCGAUUUUCGCGGUUAUAGCCCUGUAGUUAAGUACUUGUCUACUAGUACGCGAGCGAACUAAACGGACCUUCAUUUUAACCCUUUGAAUAUCACGCCCAUAUAUAACGCGUCAUUGACAAACUUAUAAUGCGCGAAAUCAAUUUUAAACUCAAAAGGUCAAAAAGGGUUAAAAAUUUGAAACAUAAUAAUUUGUCUAAGAUUUAAAUUAUUUAUAUUCUUGCUAAAAUUAUUUAUAAACUAGGUGUUAUCCGAUCUUAUAAGAAAUCAGUAGUAUUGUUGGGUUUUCCUAACAACUGCUAUUUAAUUUUUGUUAUAUUUAAUUUCAUAUUUUUAAGCGUAAUUUUAUAUUUAAGAAAAAAAUUAUCGCCUUGGAAGAUGUGAUUUCAUGUACAAACUAUGUAUAGAAAAAAUAAAAACAUAAUAUAAACGUAUUUGUUACGGCUGGACCGUAUUUUUUUAAAUAGAUCGCUCGCGUAUUUUUUAAAUCGAGUCUGCCUAUUUUUGUAUUUGUUGUAUUUAAAAAAGCCUUUUGUUUACUACGCGGUUUAAGAGUUAAAAAAAACAUGUAUGUAAGUCUUCUUAAUUAUGACAUAUUAUAUUUGCCGUCAUUAAAAAAAAUAGUAUAGUAACAAAUAAAGUACAUUUAAUUAUAUAUUGUGGAAAAAACAAGAAAGUGCCUAUCUUUUAAAGAUAGAUUUGCACAAUUCUUUGAUUUUAUUUAUUUGAAUGUAUAUACUAGCGCCAUCUGUCGGGGAGUAGCAGAAUACGGAGAAGUUUGUUUUCUUCUACUUGAUGCUAGAUGGCGGGAAUUAGCAAAACUUUAAUAUUUUUUUUAUGAAAAUAACGUCGUUUACAAAAGGUGAUAAAUGAAUAAAUCUUAAUAAAUAAACCAUUAUUGUAUAAUAAUGAUUUACUGUAUUAUUUAAUUAUUGUGAUUAUAAACUAUUAUAAUAAAACUGUGAUGAAAAUAGAUGGAUAUAAAUAAAAUAACGAUCAACUUA